GACUUGAACAGGGAGGUGGUGAAGACCGACUGUGCCACGGCUCGGAUUCCAGAGCUGGACUUCGAGAUCCCUGCUUUCUCCCAGAAGGGAGUUCUUACCACCAUCGAAGGGAUCAUUGACAGGGCUGUGGCCGGCCUGGAGCAGGACCAGCCUGUCCGCAGGGCAACAGACCAAGAGGUGGCCAGUAAAAUAGAUGAGUUCAUUGGGAAGCUGAAGGAGCUGAAAGAAGUGCACUCCUCCUUCACCUUUAUCAUCGACGACCCUUCAGGGAACAGCUUUGUGGAGAACCCUCACGCGCCACAGAAGGAUGCUGCUCUGGUGGUCACUCACUACAGGAGGAGUCCCCAGCAGGCUGCCAUGCUGGGACUGGAGGGAGAGGAGUUGGGUGAGAAGCCAGACGAUGCUGCGGAGGACCUGCGGAACGAGGUCCUGCAGUUCAACACCAACUGCCCCGAGUGCAACGCUCCAGCCAACACGAAUAUGAAGUUAGUGCAGAUCCCACACUUCAAGGAAGUGAUUAUCAUGGCCACAAACUGUGACUCCUGUGGGCACAGGACGAAUGAGGUGAAGUCUGGAGGAGCCAUCGAGCCGCAGGGCACCAGGAUUACCCUGCGGAUCACAACCCCCUGCGGAACAGACCCCUCCGACAUGAUUAGGGGCAUCCUCAAGUCCGAGACGUGCAGGGUGGAGAUCCCGGAGCUGGAGUUCGAGCUGGGCAUGGGAGCGCUGGGGGGCAAGUUCACCACGCUGGAGGGGCUGCUCAAGGACAUCCGGGACCUGGUGGAGAGGAACCCCUUCACGCUGGGGGACAGCUCUGUGCCCAGCAGGACCGGGAAGCUGCGGGAGUUCAUUGGGAAGCUGCAGGAGAUCAUAGAGGGAAAGGCGAAUGCUCACAUCAUCCUGGAUGACCCCGCAGGCAACAGCUACCUUCAGAACGUGUACGCCCCGGAGGAGGACCCGGAGCUCAGAGUGGAGCGCUACGAGCGGA